AUGGGUGCCGAGUUCGCCGACCUAGAAGGCCUGCCCGCCGACGCCGCGCCGGUCCGGGCCUUUGACCAGACGCGGUCGAAAUGGAGCAGGUCGCCCCCGGGGCUCGGCGGCUGGGCCGGCGGCGGCAACGGCAGCAGCGCCGUGGGAAGCGCGCUCUGGGCCGUCGGGGUGCGCAUCAACGACGCGCUGCUGCGGUUCCAGGUGCGCUCGCCGCGCGCUGUGAUCCUCAUGCUGGCGCUGCUAAAGUUCUCCAUCACGACGAGCGGGACGCUGCUCAUGAUCCCGAUGCUGCGGCUCAUCGAGGACGACAUCUGCCACAAGCAUUACCGGCUGCCGCACUCGGAGAAUAUCCCCGAGAUGAAGUGUAAGGUGGACCCGGUGCAGAAGGAUAUGGCGUGGCUGUUUGGGUGGCAGUCGCUGCUUGGCGCUAUCAUCAACAUGCUCGUCGCGUUUCCCUACGGCAUUCUUUCGGAUAGAAUCGGACGCAAAGCAGUGCUCCUGCUCGCCUACUUCGGCACCGUCCUCACCUUCAGCUGGGCCCCUCUUAUGCUCUCCUUCUUCCCAGAGGCCAACAUCUACUUCCUCUUCGUCGGCAUGGUCUUCGGCGUCAUCGGCGGCGGCAUCGUCGUCAUGUUCAACAACGUGUACGCCAUCGCCGCCGACAUCAGCACCGAGAAGGACCGCGCCUCCAACUUCGUGUACCUCUCCGUCGGCGCCGUCCUCGGCGGCCUCAUCGGCCCCGUCACUGCCGGCUAUCUCAUGGAGCAGUACGGCCCCUGGCUGCCCAUCAAGCUCGUCUUCCUCUUCACCCCGCCCAUCUUCCUCAUCUGCGCCCUCCUCCCCGAGACCCUCCGCGUCAAGACCGACAGCCCCCCCAAACCCCAGGUCCCUCUCGCCCACGCCGUCCGCGACUCCUUCGCCAACGGCCUGCGCGAGCUGCAGCAGUCCAUGAGCAUCCUCCGCAACCGCAACAUCCUCCUCUGCCUGGUGCCCUCCCUGCUCGCCAGCGCGCUGCACGCCUCGCACUCCAGCACGCUCUCGCAGUACGUCAGCAAGCACUUCGGCUGGACCCUCGCGCAGACGUCCUUCCUGCUGUCGCCGCUCAGCUUCCUCCACCUCGGCAUCCUCUUCAUCCUCCCCUGGCUGUCCAAGGUGCUGACGAACCCGCGCGGCCGCUUCCGCUGCACGGGCUUCGGCAAGGACGCGCUGCUCGCCAAGGGCUCGUACCUGAUGAUCGCGCUCGGCGGCUUCAUCGAGGGCUGCAGCUGGGAGAUUGUGGUGUUCCUGGCGGGCCUGUCGGUCACGACCUUCGGCUCGGCGAGCUGGCCGCUGGUGCGCGCGAUGAUCACAGAGUUCGUCGACCAGGAGCACACGUCGCGGCUGUACGCACUCAUCAGCAUGGUCGACACGCUGGGCUCCCCGCUCGGCGGCCCGGCUCUGGCGUGGACGUUCACGGUCGGGCUGGAGAAGAAGGGGGCCUGGAGGGGGUUGCCGUGGUUCUAUGUCUCGCUGCUUGCUGGGCUGACGUGGGCUGCGUUGUCACUAGUCAGUGAGCCGAGGAAGAAGGGGCCGAUUCAGCUGGAGAGCCAUGAUGAGGACGUGAGUGGGCGCAACUAUGACCCCGAGGCGGUAGAAGGGCGGUGA